CCCCCGCUGCGGAACGGCAGCGUGCUGCUGCAGUGGGGGCUGCGGCACUGGGGGGCUCCCGCGCCGCGCCCCUCCGCCGCCCUGCGCGGCUUCGUGCUCAACUGCUCCUGGGACGGCACCUACACGCGCUUCCCCUGCGACAGCGUGGAGCUGGGAGCCGCGUGUCGCGACUACCUGCUGGCCGAGGCGCACGGCGGCGUGCGCUACCGCCUGUGCCUGCGGCCGCGCUUCGCCCCGCCGCGCCCCGCGCCGCCCGCGCAGUGCGUGGAGUUCCGCGUGGAGCCCGCGGCCAUGCGCGACAUCGUGGUGGCCAUGACGGCCGUGGGGGGAUCCAUCUGCGUGAUGCUCGUCUUCAUCUGCCUGCUGGUGGCUUACAUCACCGAGAACCUCAUGAGCCCCCGCGGAGGACGCGCGGCCGCCGCUGCGCGCCGCGCCUAGUGCGGGAGGAGGGGGUGCUGCUGCUGCUGCUGCUGC